ACGUAUGCAUGCAAGAUGCAAUUGUUCUUAUUAUUACUUACAAAGCUUUUGUUAAUAUUUGGAAAUAUAACAGGACUUUCGCAAACGAUAAAAGGAAUCUGUCAUAGUGGUAAUUUGUCAAAUAUCAUAUGUUGCCGCCAUUUCGAAUUUGUUGACAAUAGUUGCAUAGAAUGUGAAGUAGGAUAUCAUACGUUUAAAGCAGGAACUAAGUGUGAAUCCUGCCCUCAAAACCUGUAUGGACAGAAAUGUGCUUAUAUUUGCAACUGUAAAGAAAAUGACAGAUGUGACAAUAAAAAUGGGUCUUGUAUUCCAUUAACCACAUCAGUCAUAACAUUGAGUGAACAUUCGACCGUCAAACAAUACCAAAACCAAUCAACUACAGAACAAAGCCAGAGGGGAUUUGAUGCCAAUCAAGCAAAAUAUGUAGCUGUAGCAACUACAAACUAUGCAAUACUCAUAUACAUGAUCUGUGCUGGUCUCAUCAUACUAGUUUUAUGCUCAGUUGCUGCGGUUUAUAAAUAUCAAAAUAACCAAAAGAAUGUACCACACAGUUCACCUGAACAUGGGGUAAACAAUUCGUCUAUUCCGCCAAUUCUAGCACCACCAGUGCAGCCUCGUUUGUUUAUUGAAGUAGACAAGAGUGGAAAUGGAUAUGAAUUAAUUGACGACGAACACGUUCUUAGCCUUGGAAAUUAAAGAGAAAUCCACUAUCAUGAUGCAACGUCAAUCUGAUUAGAAUACAGAUCCUGUCUCUAAGCUUUGUUGACAAGGAUCUGACAACACUAUGUUUUACCUUCUGUUCUGGUAAAUAAUACUUCAAGCAAUGAAAUCUUUAAAGGAGAGUAUUCAUUAAAAAAAGGGGGAUCCAGAAAGGUCUUUGAAACAGUAAGUAGAAUGGGGUGCUUUCAGAUCCUUGUUAUCAAAGCUUGGACAUACAGGAUCUGUAUUGUAAUCAGAUUUACACUUUCUAAUUACAAUAUGCGUAAAAAUGAAAUGAAUUAGACCAAAUGACGAAGAUUAUGUGUAAACAAAUG